AUGGUUGAUGUUGUUGGGCCAGUGCUAUCUGCCAUCUUUGCGGUUCUCCUUGAGAGAAUGGCUGUGCGUGAAGUGGUGGAUUUUUUUAGAAAGAAUGAUCUGGACCUGUCCCUUUUGGAGAAGAUGAAAACGUGGUUGAUGUCUGUGAACUCAGUUCUUGCUUAUGCUGAAGAGAAAGAGGCAGUUGAUCCAUUUGUAAAAAAAUGGGUGGACAAACUGAGAGAGGUAGUCUAUGAUGCAGAAGACUUGGUAGAUAAAAUUACUUUUCAGACUUUACAGGAUGAAUCUCAAUUGGACAAGAUGCUGGGUUUUGUUUCUUCUCUGAAUCCAUUCAGCACAGGAGUAAAUGCUAAGAUUGAGAAGAUAAUAGAGGCACUUGAAUUAGUAGCACAACAAAAGGAUUUUCUUGGUCUAGAAGAAGAGAGUGUUAGAAAGGAGUUACUUCCAUAUUCCAAGCCUACAUCUUCUCUGGUCAAUGCAUCUCAUAUACACGGAAGAGACAACGAUGUAAAAAUUAUUACUGACUUUUUACUAUCAGCAAAUGCAAGUGAUGAACAAGGUGCUUCUGUUGUUGCAAUUGUUGGGGUAGCAGGAAUUGGCAAGACCACUCUUGCUCAGCUUGUAUACAAUCAAGAGGAGGUGAAGGCACAUUUUCCUCUAAGAGUGUGGGUCCACGUUUCAUAUGGAUUGGAUUAUUAUGGGAUAACCAGCAAAAUUUAUGAAGCUGUCACUGUGAACCCGUGCUCUACAACAGACUUUAACCUACUCCAGGUUAAACUAAAAGAGAUAACAGAGGGAAUAAGGUUUCUAAUGAUCUUGGAUGAUUUAGAUGGAUUUUUUGACUGGGAUAUUAUCAAGAAGCCUUUUAUUGCAAGCAGUGGUAGUAAAAUCAUUGUGACAUCACGCACAUUCUCAACUGCAUCUAUCCUCGGUGCUUCUCUGACUCAUUCUCUCUCUUAUCUAGAAUACGAAGAUUGUUGGAAGUUAUUUGUAGAUCAUGCAUUUAAAAAUAGAAAUCUCAGUGCAUGUUCAACUUUACAAAAGAUAGGACAAAGAAUAGUUAGAAAGUGCUGUGGUCUACCCGUGGCAGCAAAGAUGUUAGGUAGUCUCUUACAUUCCUUGCCAGCUACUGAAGAAUGGGAUCGUGUAUUGACAAGGGAUAUAAAAUUCACAGAAAGUGUUUGA